AUGGCCAUGAUUACAUGGCCCACCACCUAUAAGGUCUCGCAAAUUGUGGGAAUUUUGGCGGUCGGAGGGACUAUAUUAGGAAUGGAUAUCGCUUCAAUUUCACUAUUCUUGGGAGAAGAAUAUUUCAAGGAAUAUUUCGGCUACCCAGGUCCUCUUCUCCAAGGUUUAAUAACAGGUGCAAAUCCUGUAGGAGGUUUUAUUGGGUGCAUCUGCUUUGGAGGUUUGACAGAACAGGUGGGCCGCGUCAGCACUUUUCAAAUUGUAGCUUUGGUAUGGAUUUUAGGCUCUGUCAUAUCAGCAUCAGUUUUGAACCUGGCAAUGUUGAUUGCGGGUCGGUUGGUGCGUGGAGUUGCGGUCGGUAUACUAUCCGUCUUAUUACCGGUCUAUAUCGGAGAAGUGAUACCUAUCAAUAAGAAAGGAGCAGCUACGUCGGUAGUUCAACUGGCGCUAACAGUCUCUAUUCUGAUAAUCUUCUUCAUGUGUUUUCUUCUAAAUAACUUAGAGAGCCAGCUGUCCUUUCGUGUGGCUUGGGGGCUGGAGCUUGUACCAGGCUUGGUGUUCUUCUUGCUCACCUUUAGCUUGGCUGAGUCGCCAAAGUGGUUGGUUAGCCAGGGCCAAUAUAAUCGUGCUCAGAAUGUGUAUCGAAAUUUCAGCGCGGUCAGUUUUUCUGGAACGGCAGAUGCCACUAAAAUGGACGUGUUGGACAUGUGCGGUCCCGAUCAAAAGACAAAAUACUCAGAUCUGUUUUCCAACUCUUUGUUGAAGCUCACCAUGAUUGGUAUUACCGUUCAAAUGCUGGUUCAACUGUGCGGCAUCAACAUUAUAAUGUUCUACAUUGUUUUCAUAUGUGAAAUGAUCGGGCUUAGAGGCGCUGGUAAACUGAGUGCAGCAUCUGCCCCGUAUCUCAUCAAUGUCGUGUUCACAUGCAUCCCGAUCUUAACACUAGACCGUCUGCGCCGGAAGCUUGUCCUAGCGUAUGGUGGAAUUUCUUUGGCCUGCACCAUGACAUUGAUAGGAAUUACGAUGGGAGCCUUGGGUCAUGGUGUCACUCCCAGCAACGGCAAUGACACGGUUGUUUGGGAAGUAACCGGAACUCCGGGCUUCGUUAUUUUAGCGUUAUGUUUUCUAUCUGUGGCAGUUUUCUCGUCAACGAUAUCGUGUUGUGCAUGGCUAUACACUAACGAAGUUUUUCCCGCACGGGCCAAGUGUAAGGGGAUGGCUUUUUGUAUGGCCACGAGUUGGAUUCUAAAUUCCUCUUUAACCUUUACAACUCCGCUUCUUCUCAGCAAAAUUAAAUGGAUUACGUUCGUCAUUCUGGGGUCGGUUACUGCCAUUUUGUCCUUGGUAGUCGCAAUAUGGUUUCCUGAAACGAAGAAGCUUCUGAAUGACGCGCCACGAAUCGAUAGCAGUCCUUGUGAGGAAUCCAUUGAGGGAAAGGAAAGUCGAUCUGCGGCACCAUCACCAGCCGACACCGACAACAACGGAAUUCAAUUGAUAGCGGACCCCCAGUACGAGGACAUCGUAUAG